GUGUUUUUUUGCAGCACAAUGUGAAUGUUGAAUCAGUAAAAGUUAACACCACUGGCAGAACAUGUCUUGUGAAAUGGGAAGACAGAUUCCAGUCUGAGUUCCACAGUGUCUGGUUGAGACAUAACUGCCACUGUAAAAUGUGCAGGCAUUCAACUGGGCAGAGGCUAGUCAACCCUGCUGAUGUGUCUUCUGAUAUAAAUGUAGACACUGUAGCCAUUGAAGGAAAUGAACUAAAAAUAGAAUGGUCUGAUUUUGAGAAAUGUGCCCACAAAGGCUUUAUACCUUUGAACUAUUUAAGAGAACAUAACUACAAUAGAGAGACAUUGUUAAAACAACGGCAAGCUGUAAAGUGUUCACCUGCAGUCUCAGAAAUUCCCACAAUAGAGUUCAGUGAACUUAUGGGUUCUAAAGAAGGGCUACUGAAAUGGCUUCAACAAAUUAAUGAAGAUGGACUGAGCAUUAUAAAAGAUGUUCCUACAGAAGAAUCUAUGGUUACAACUGUGGCUGAAUUGAUGGGUCCAGUUUUUACUACCAUUUAUGGAACUACUUUUGAUGUUGAAGCUGUACCAGACCCUAUCAAUGUGGCCUAUUCCAGUGAAGAAAUUGGCUUUCACAUGGACCUUGUGUAUUUUGAGUCUCCCCCUGGUGUGCAACUUCUUCACUGUUUGAAGUUUGACAAGUGUGUGGAAGGAGGGGAGAGCAUUUUCCUGGAUGCAUUUACUGUUGCUGAUCAGUUUAGGGUUAAAUUCCCUGAUCUGUUUAAAAUUUUAACAGAAGUUCCAGGUACUUUUCAGAAGGUGCAUUAUAACAGAGCUUAUCCAGUCCAUAUAGUCAACCAAAAACCUCAUAUUAAGCUCAACCAUCUUGGUGAGAUUGUUGCAGUUUACUGGGCACCACCAUUUGAAGGUCCAUUACUUGUCAAUGAGGGAAAUGUAGAAAAGUAUUACAAAGCUUAUGAGAUGUUUGCAAAGUGUAUAAAUUCAUCUCCCCACACACUAACACAUAGGUUACAACCCGGGGAACUGGUGGCUUUUAAUAACCAGCGGAUGCUACAUGGGCGACAUGCAUUCCAAACGAAUAAAGGAACUAGACAUCUUAAGGGCUGCUAUGUCAAUAUAGAUGUUUUUAAAAGCAUGACUCAAGUGUUAAACAACAUGAUUGGAGAUGGAAGACUUGCCAAAAGAGUAGGAAACCAGUGUUGGUUUUAAUGAAAAUAGAUAAUAAAAUUCAGUUUUUGUUCUCAU